AUGUCGUCAAAAGCUCAAACUGCAUCAAAAUACGCGGCAAACGGCGACAAGAGCCUCGUCUCGUCGGACUGGCCGCUAGUCCAAGCCCAAGAUGAUUGCAAUCCAUUCCCUCAUCUUCCCCCCUACCAGCACCCAAAGACAGGGCUCUUGUCAAAGCUCCCUCACAGCGUUGUUCCAUACGCUGAGCUCACCCGCAUCGACCGUCCUGCAGGCUGGUUGGGUGUGUACUUUCCCUUCCUCAUCGGCCUGAUCUACGCCGGUUGCAUCUCAGGCGAUGACGAAGCUUCCGACCCCCUGGCACUUGGGAGCCUAGCCAUCCGCUUAAUCCCCUUCAGCAUGCUCCUGCGCAGUGCUGCGUGCACGUGGAACGACACAGUCGACCAGGAUUUUGACCGCCGUGUCGCGCGGACCCGUCAUCGACCAGUUGCUCGCAGAGCUGUAUCGACCAACCAACGCGUCACCUAUUACCCUCAAAUCGUCCUCGGGAUCCUGUGUGCUUGGCCUAUUUUCUUUGCAAGUUCUGCAGUCGGGAUCAGCCCAGUGCGGGCCUCGACGAUCGCCCUCUUCGGCUCAAAUCUUUCAUGGUCGGUUAUAAAUGACGUGUUUUACGCUUUUCAGGACAUUGCCGAUGAUGAGAAAGCUGGGGUUAAAAGCAUGUCGCUCAAGUUCAAGGAUGUUAUGCCGUUGGUGGCUUCAAUACUCCUGCUUGGACAGGUGGCUCUGCUUGCCUGUUGUGGGUAUUGGGCAGGUUUCAAACUGGUAUAUUACACAAUUUCGGUCUUCGGUGUCUUCGCGACAAUGUCAGUCUAUGUCUGGAAAGUCAAGUUACAGUGCCCUGAGAGCUGUGGGUUUUGGUUCAAGGCGCAAUACUUAUUAGUCGGAUCUGCGUAUCUCGGGGGGCUGAUCGGGCAAUACCUCUCAAAAUCAGGCUACUAG